AUGGACAUGACGUACACUCAGAUGGAAGAAGCCCUUUCAUUGUACCUCGGCAAUCGAUAUUCUGCGGACGAUUGGAAGGAAUCCCAAGAUGCACUAUUUUCUGGUGACGGUGAUGACAACCUUGCUUUGAGAAAUCUUUGUGCUGUGAAGGCAAAGCACAUACCCUCAGCGUCUGCUUCCAGUGAUUCUUCCGUGGCCGACGGACCGUCCAGUGCGCGCGUCCAAAGUUCGCGUAAACCGGCCAAAUUAAAAAAUCCCUACCUUGAUCUGGCCGCAGAGGAGGAUGAUGAUGAGGAGGAGGAUGACCACAACCAUAAUGGCCCCUCUGGGUCAUGGAAGGUUACAUCCUUGCCAGGAUCAUCAUUGGCUGCUAGGUUUGCCACUGCCAUUGAUAACAUCACGCAUAGAUUCGAGACGACACAGCGAAGUGUUACGGAUUAUAUUGCUACACACCUUCGGAAGAAAUGUUUCAUCGUUAAGGUGUCAGCUUGGAUACCCGGUCAGCUUUACGUGGUUGCAGACAGCCCUAAAACAAUCGCAGACUCACUUCCUUCCUUGCUCUACCUCACCGUCAAGCAAUAUGUUUGUAUAUCGGAUGAGGAACGUGAAGAGGUCGAGCAUUCUUACUGCAAGCUUCCCAGCCUGGCCUGGGUGAGGAUCAAGCAUGGCAAGUAUAAGGGCGACAUAGCCCAAGUCUUUGAUUCCAAUCUACCGAACGAUGUCAUUGCGGUCUUGGUUCCGCCACGGGAUUUCCCAUACUCCAUGCCUCCAAGAUCUCGAUCCCUACUUGACCGAUCCCAUCUUCCGAACAGGAACACAGUUUCUAACAUCACUCAUGGCGGGAAAAAUGUAGGAUACAAAUACAAAGGAGAAAAGUAUUAUAUGGGCCUCCUACUUCACAGCUUCCACCGCGAUCGCUUAGAACAUGUUGUCUGCCCCCAUGCUGACGACAUUCAGCUCCAUUUACAACCCAGGUGGGAACAGUCAUUCCUCAAGAGAACCAUGGUUGUGUUUUCGAUGCAGUUCUUGCAUGUCACCUCAACUGGCCACAUUAUUCAGAUGGUAGAUGAUGUAUUUCGUCUUUGUCAAGAUGUCUUGAAGGAAGAGGCGAGUGUGGAAGUUUCAAAGUACUAUCUAGACUGCCAUCCUCUGAGCCACACAUUGCAAGCACGACUACCAAUGCAGCAACUUUUUAAGCCUCCCCCUGAUGUUGAAUCCAUCCAAAUCGGGGAUUAUAUAGAAGUGCUUUUUGGGGAGCACAUAGGGAAGUGUGGCAUCGUGCGUUGGCUGCCCAAAGGAGCAGACAGUCUGUGGUUCCAGGACGGAACAUUGAACUUUCCAGUUCCCAUUUCAUUCAUUCGGCGGACCCACCUCCCCCACCUCCAGACAUUGCAGUACACAAAAGACAGGGGUUACAAUGUUAAACCUGGAGAUGUUGUAAGAGUGGUUCGUGGGUCAGAGUAUUUGAUGAAAGGGGUCGUUCAAAGUGUCAACUUUCCAAAAGCUUGCUUGACCCUACUCUCUGACAUUGACCAUUUGCUUGUUGACGUUCUCAUUCCAUUCGUGGCAAAAGUAUGCAACGCCAACUUUGAUUCUUUCAAAAAGGAAAUCGGUCAAGAGGUAUUUAUCAUUGGAGGUGACUGUAAGGGCUACCAAGCCACACUGUACAGUGUCGCCUCUGAGACUUGCACCAUUGCCAUGCAUGGGCAGCAGCACAUCAAGAUCGAACUCAAGGACGUUGCAACCAGGUACAGAAUGAGGUUAAAUGGAUCGAUACUCGAAGGAACAGACAUGUUGUCUUUCUGCGAAAUGCAGAGAAGAUCGUACUUGGCCGCACAACCUCGAAGCGUCACACCCCUACCCAAAAAGGUUCCUUCAUCGGUUGCCAUCACAGGCACCAGCACGUCGACAUCCAUGUGGACCACCUGGACCUCCAGCCCCAAUGAUCAGACCGGUAAUCCUUUGCCCGGUGUCAAUCCCAACUCUUUGACUACUGAAUCUAACCCCUGGACUGUCAAUGCUGAAGAUACACUAGAUAGCAUCGAUGCUCAAAUGGAGAAAGCCAAAGAGGGCCCGCUAGCUUGGCUGAUGAAGAAGGAAUUUUCUUCCAAGCUCAACACACAUCACGUGAUGUUAAAAGUCUCACCCUCCUUCAUGGGAGGCAGGCUACACAACUGGUUUGUGUCGACAGCCUGUCCUGAUCUCUUCCUCGGUCUGAAUGGACCUGCUCCCAAUGGUUGUGUUGCAGUGUUUUGCUCAUUGAACAGUGCAGGUGCCGCGAUUCAGCACUAUCAUAUACCCGUCACAGAUCUGAGCCCAGCCCCUCCCCGCAAAAAAAACAACAGUGCCUUGUUCUGGAUGGGAGUCAUCGCAGUUCCAUUUGUAAUGUAG